AUGGGAAACAAAGAAAUAAAAAUCGUAUGUUAUGCCGAUGAUGCAGUGAUCAUAUCAGAAGACGAAGACAACUUGCAAAGGCUCCUGUAUAAGUUCCAACAAAUAGCCGAAGCUUUCAACAUAUCUGUGAAGAAAACCAAAUCUUUUACAGUAUCUAGAGAACCAAGAAGAUGUAAACUGGCGAUAUACGAUCAGAGUGUAGAACAACUGAUGUCGUUCAAAUAUCUAGGCGCGAAUAUAACAAGUAAUAGGAAUUUGAAGAACGAAGUGAAAGCUCAAACAACAAGGGCAACAUUAAUGUCGGGGUACUUACGAGAUUUUUUCUGGCGGAAUAAAUAUGUGAGCACCAGGAGCAAAGUCAGAAUAUACAAGACCUGUGUGAGACCGGUGAUGACGUACGCGAUAGAGACCAGAGCAGAGAACACCGCAACAAAGCGUCUUCUAAGAACAACUGAAAUGCGAGCGCUGAGAUCUAUAGCGGGAUACGCAUUACUUGACCGCAAAAGAAACGAAGAAAUCAGAGAGAUAUGUGACAUCCAGGAUGUGGUGAGAUGGGCAAGAAAACGGCGAAGGGCAUGGCGAGACCAUGUGGACAGAAUGUCGGAUGAACGUUUGGCGAAGAUCGCAAAGGAAGAAAGACCAAAUACAUCCCGACCACCAGGACGACCACCUACAAGAUGGUAUGAAAGCUGA